AUGCUGACCCUGAAGACUGCAACAAUGUGCCAUACUCCAAGGAAUGCUGGCAGCAACCAGAACCUGGAUGAGCUUGUCUUGGGCGGUUCCGCCGCGUCAGAGGUGCUGGGUUCGCUGGUUCCCGGCCGAGGUGAUCGAGGUGACGGGAUCCGGGAGGCCAAGGGGAGCCGUCGUCCCCACCGCACAGAGGCGGGCCCCGGGGCUGGCGGCGCCGUCCGGGUCGGGCUCGGGAAGCCGGUGCCCAAGCCCCCAGCCCGCCCCGCCCUCAGCCUGCCAUGGCGGCCGCGCCCACGACCCCGGCCCAGCGUGACUUUUGAGGAUGUGGCCGUGUACUUCUCCUGGGAAGAGUGGGGGCUCCUUGAUGAGGCUCAGAGACGCCUGUACCACGAUGUGAUGCAGGAGAACCUUGCACUUGUGGCCUCACCAGUGCUCUCCACUGCUGUAAUCAGAUUUUAUUGGCCCCGGAGAAACCCUUCUGCGCAGCAUGGUAUAUCACCAGCAGGUGGCUGGCAUGGAGCAGAGGAUGAGGAAGUGUCUGAAGAGAGUGUGUUUGUAGAAGGAGUAUCACAGGUCAGGACUCCCCAGGAAGAUCUUUAUACUCAGAAAACACAACCCUGUGACAUGUGUGUCCCACUAUUGAAAGACAUUUUGCACUUGGCUGAGCACCAAGGAACUUAUCCCAGAGAGAAAUCGUUCAUGUGUGGGGCAUGUGGCAAACAAUUUCACUUCAGUGCAAACUUUUACCAGCAGCAGAACCAGCACAUUGCAGAGAAACCCUUCAGAACUUAUGUGGACAGGACCUUGUUUGAGAAGAACUGUGAAUUCCAUGAGUCAGAGAAGCCCAUUACCUGCAGGGAGGUAGGGAAGAGCUUCUUGACUAGUUCGGGACUUCUUCAGCAACAGGCCAGCCACACCAGGGAGAACCCAAACUAUGGCACCGAGUGUGGAGUGGCCUUUCAUGGCGGAGAAAGUGAUUGCAGGUAUACAGAGUACAAGAAAGCCUUCAGCCACAAACAUGCACUUGUUCAGCAUCAGAGAGUCCAUGCUGGAGACAGGCUCUAUGAGUGCAGCAAAUGUGGGAAAACCUGCAAACGAAGAUCUAACCUCAUUCAGCACCAGAAAAUCCACACUGGAGAAAGGCCUUUUGAAUGCAAUGAAUGUGGAAAAUUCUUUACCCACAACUCCCGGUUCAUUCAACACCAGAGAGUUCAUACUGGCGCAAGGCCUUAUAGGUGCAGCAAAUGUGGGAAAUCCUUUAGCCAGAGCUCUGGCCUCAUUCAUCAUAGGACAGUUCAUACUAAUGAAAGGCCUUAUGAGUGCAGUGAAUGUGGGAAAUCCUUUAGCCAAAGCUCUGGCCUCAUCACACAUUGGAGAGUUCACAGUGGAGCAAGGCCUUAUGAGUGCGGUCAAUGUGGGAAAUCCUUUUGCCAAAGCUCUGGUCUAAUUCAACACCGGAGAGUUCACACAGGAGCAAGGCCUUAUGAAUGCAGUGAGUGUGGGAAAUCCUUCAGUCGCAAAUCACACCUCAUUCAACACCAGACAGUUCACACUGGAGCAAGGCCUUUUGAGUGUGGUGAAUGUGGGAAAUCUUUCAGCCAAAGUUCUAGUCUCAUUCAACAUCGGAGGGCUCACACUGGGGAAAGGCCUUAUGCCUGCAGGGAAUGUGGGAAAGCCUUCAGUCGAAGGUCUUACCUCACUGGGCACCAGAAACUUCACACAGGAGAAAGGCUUUAGAUGUUUGGGGACUGUCCUAUUUAUUCAUUAUAACGUUGGAAGAGAAUCUUUGUGACGGAAUCAUCUGUCUGAAUUUAAUGUCAUAGGGAAACAUUC